AUGGCAAACAAAUACAGACCCAAGAAAAUAAUCAAGUCUUAUUAUCGAAAAUAUACUUACGGUGUUUCAUGCCUCAAGGAUGAAAACAACAACCUUUAUCCAAUAGAUGAGCAACUUUUUACUUCAGGGUGUGGACCAGAUUUUAAGGAAACAAAAUGGGAACUGAAUUACGAUAAGUAUGAUCCAUCACUUGUAUUUCAGAAGCGUUGGUAUGGCGAGGUGUGGCCGGUAUCCAAAUUUCAGAAAAUAGAUGUUUUAGAAGUGGCGCUAGCUUUAAAGCGUGGCCUCACUGUACUGCCUCCUUGGCUAGAAAUACAAUAUGAAAGGCAAAACGAGAACAGAAAAAUGGAAAGGGAGGGAAUGAAACUUCCUUUUGAGAUAAUAGUGAAAAUAUUAGAAUUUACAGAACCAAAAGAAAGGACGAAACAACUCCUCAUCUGUAGAUCCAUAUAUUGCAUACUUCUUCGGAACAUAUACUGUUACCCGAAAUUGGAUAGUACAAAUUUCAAUCCUUUUGUUGAGUUACUGACUUGUCGGGAGAACAAGGGUAGAUUUGACCAUUUUGUGGAGGUGUUGGAUCUUUCUAAUAUAAUACAAGUUGCUAAGACGUCAUACGUGGGAAAAUUAAUUAGAAGAUGUUCUGCAUCAUUGCAGAUAUUUAUAUCAUCUCAGUCGAACUUUGGCUUGACAUCACUUAUCAGCUUGAGAAAUUGCGAAAAACUAAAAAUUUUGGAUUUAAGUUUGGUUUCUGGACAAGUUGAUUUGAAGGAACUUUUUCGAUGUAUCUGCAACUUACAUGCUUUAGAGCAGCUCUCAUUCCCAAGAUCAUCAAUCAGGUGUGAAGAUUAUCAAUUUGAUUGGCCCCAGAAUUUAUGGUAUUUAAAACUUCAGGGGGGAAUCACGGACGACUUCUUAAUGAAUUCUGUUUUUCCUUCUACAAUUAGAUCUUUGGAGUUUGCACACUGCCCCAAUGUAAGUGAUGAAGGAGCAAAUGAUAUUUUGAGCAAGAUUGGGUUCCAGUUAGAACGACUUUCUGUUUUUUAUCCCAUGCCCAUGCUUUCUGGAGAGGGAUUUAACUUUGCAUUGCUUUAUUGUCCCAAUUUAAAGAUGCUUUAUGCUAGUAUUUCAUACAUAUCUAACAAUCUUUUCAGAAUGGAAUAUUUGCCACCACUUGCUGACAAGGAUAGACCCUUGAAGCAUAUUAUUAUAGAUUCUCCGGGACAAGCUGGUGAGGGUGCAAAAAUAGAUCCUGAUGAAAUUACAUCUGCAAUUUGCGGUGACCGGCUUCCUUGUUUGCAUUCGCUGACAUAUAGUAAGCAUUUAGGAUGGAAUAUCACGAGUGAUGAGAUUCAAGAUUUGGUAUUUGAGAUGGAGAACCGUGGAGGUGAAGUGUAUCAGAUGUGA